UUUGUCCCGUUAUACCAGGACUUUGAAAAUUUCUACAACAGAAACCUCUACAUGCGCAUUCGAGACAGCUGGAACAGACCAAUUUGCAGUGUGCCAGGGGCCAAAGUGGACAUGAUGGAGAGGGUUUCCCAUGACUAUAACUGGACAUUCACGUACACUGGAAGAGUGAUAAAGGAUGUUAUCAAUAUGGGUUCCUACAACUAUCUUGGAUUUGCACAGAAUAGUGGGCCUUGCCAAGAAGCAGCAGCUGAAGUACUGUCCCAGUAUGGUGCUGGGGUGUGCAGCACUAGGCAGGAGAUGGGAAACUUGGACAAACAUGAGGAGCUGGAAAAGCUAGUCGCCAGGUUCCUAGGCGUGGAAUCUGCAAUGGCAUAUGGGAUGGGGUUUGCGACCAACUCUAUGAACAUUCCUGUUUUAGUUGGCAAGGGCUGUCUGAUUUUGAGUGAUGAACUGAAUCAUGCAUCACUAGUGCUUGGCGCAAGGCUGUCGGGAGCAACUAUUCGCAUCUUUAAGCACAACAAUAUGCAAAGCCUGGAGAAGCUGCUCAAAGAUGCUAUCGUGCAUGGGCAACCUCGUACGCGAAGGCCCUGGAAAAAAAUUCUUAUCCUGGUGGAAGGAAUAUACAGCAUGGAGGGAUCCAUAGUCCGUUUGCCUGAAGUGAUUGCCCUUAAGAAGAAGUACAAAUCCUACCUGUACCUUGAUGAAGCUCAUAGUAUAGGUGCCCUGGGUCCCAGUGGCCGGGGUGUAGUGGAGUAUUUUGGACUUAAUCCUGAAGAUGUGGAUGUCAUGAUGGGAACGUUCACCAAAAGCUUUGGAGCUGCUGGAGGCUACAUUGGAGGCAAGAAGGAAUUGAUUGAUUACCUCAGGAUACAUUCUCACAGUGCUGUGUAUGCAACAUCCCUGUCACCUCCUGUGGUGCAGCAGAUCAUCACCUCCAUGAAGUGUAUUAUGGGUGAAGAUGGUUCAACUCUUGGGAAAGCCCGUGUGCAGCAGCUGGCAGAGAACACAAGGUAUUUCAGAAGAAGACUGAAAGAGAUGGGCUUUAUCAUCUAUGGAAAUGAAGAUUCCCCUGUUGUGCCUCUUAUGCUGUACAUGCCAGCAAAAAUUGGUGCAUUUGGGCGCGAGAUGCUGAAGCGGAACAUUGGUGUAGUGGUGGUGGGAUUCCCUGCAACCCCAAUCAUCGAGUCCAGAGCCAGAUUCUGUUUGUCUGCAGCUCAUACCAAAGAGAUACUUGAUAUAGCUUUAAAAGAAAUCAAUGAAGUUGGGGAUCUUUUGCAACUGAAAUAUUCCCGUCACCGGUUGGUACCUCUCUUGGACCGGCCGUUUGAUGAGACUACAUAUGAAGAAACAGAAGACUGAACUCCCUCCAUGUGCCUUGGUGGGAGGAGCACACCCAUGGGACACUGUGUGGCACGCAAGCCGCGGAGUCCGUGAACAACACACUUAUGACUGCUUAGCAUACAAGACAUUUCCUCACAAUACUGAAGUGGCCACAUCAGCUCUAAAUGGCAUUUUGUAAAUAGGGAAAGGAAACAAAAGCUUUGAUUCCUGUGUCUUCAGGGUCUGGCCCUAGAGGUGCUUGGUUUUAUUUUUUCUUACUGUUCCUUUUAUUUAUUUGUCACAAUGAAUUCACGGCAACCCUAGCUGGCUGUGGGUGAUCAGCUCAGACUUCGUAUGCACCAUUAGCCUUCCCAAUGCUAGCUGAGAUGUUGUGAGCAUGUGUGAUGCUGGCAUGGCAGCAUUCCCAGUGUCACUGCUAGGUGUCUGACCUUCCCGGUAAGGAGCGAGCUGACCUGUCUGAUCAUUCAGGAAUUCUUAGAGAAAGUGUUGUUUGCUAACUUUAUCAUAUUUAACAAGAUGGAUAAUCAACCAAAGCAUUUUUCUUUUGCAGUUACUUGUGUUUAAAACUUCAAGCUAGCCUUUUUUUAAAUAAAUGUUUUGUUGACAAGUCA